ACGCAACUGAGUCAACAGCCAUUGCCCCGCACGCUUAUAUUAAUCCUGCAGGCACUUCAUCUGCAGGAGCCAGCGGAUGUCACCCUCAGCUCCGCCCCUAAAAUAUUGGCAAUAUUGGCAAGAUUGGCUUCAGUGCCCCCUCGGGUGGCACGCCAUUGCCGAUUUGCCAAGGUGUUCAGCACUGACCGGGUCACCAAUGGGCUGUAAUGCUUCUCUGCGUCUCCCAUCUCUCUAUCUCCUCGAAGUCGGCUCGAGAAGCAUUUGGAAAUCCGCGCAUAGUCUCUUGGUUGAUCGGAAGGCAUGGCGAGUAUGCCGUGGAGAUGCGCAAGCAUCAAAUUCGGGGACGUCAGGGUCAACCUCGCGUCAAUGGCGCAAUGGAUGUGGUGAUGAUGUUAAAGGAGAUGAAAUGCGCCAACCCCUCUGCGCUAAGGCGAGUGCCAAGACCCUGCAUGGAGGGUCUUCACAGUCUUCAGCCUGCAGAACUUUUCAGGGCACCGCGCUGGUCCACCGGAGUCCGAUGCAUGUCGACAUAUUUCACCGCAUCGUUGCCAUCGCGAAUGGUCUCAACUGGUGAUUCUGGUCUACUCAAUGCUCAUCGUGCGAUGACCAGGAUACAAUGAGGUGAAAUGAUGCGAUGGGGGUGUCUUCGAGGAUGAGGAUGCGGAUGGAGAAUGGAGGGCUCCUUCUGAG